GUUGUUUGUAUUUCGGUGUACACAUAUACAAAUUAGUUUUAGUCAACAGUUUCAAACAUUAAACUUUUAAAAUGACCUUCAUUAAAAGCUGGGAAGAUUUUGAAAAGGCUGCAGAGAAGCUCUACUUAGCCAAUCCUAUGAAGGUUCGUUACACAAUGAAGUAUAGACAUAUCGAUGGUGCUUUGGUGCUGAAAUUUACUGAUGAUGCCGUGUGUUUACAAUACAGAACAGAGGUUCAGCAGGAUUUGAAGAAGAUUGAUAGAUUUAUGACUAACCUCAUGCGGCACAUGGUUUCCAGCGACAAAUAAACUGUGAUUUUUUGUUGCAUUUAA